CCGUGCUGUGUGAAUCCUCGUUCGGUUUCCCGUUUUACAGUAACAACUGAGGACGACGACAUUCGCCCGUUGGCAUCAGAAAUGGAGGAAGUCGAUAAAAAGUUGAAGAAUUUUAUAAUUAAUUCCUACGCAAGUGGUGUUGAGUUGAGCUGUUUGCCCUCGCUAGGAAAACUAGGACAGCGUUCUUUCGGUUCUUCCUCGUCCUCGGGAGGAUCUUUUCUGGACUUCCGUUUCCUCAGCUUUCUCCAACGAUGGCGACCAGAUGGAAUGCGAAAACAUCAGCUCGUUCUCGUAUUCCUAAUUUGUGCGAUCGGAAAACAUUAUCUCAACGAGCUGUUUGCUGAUGAAGAUUGCAUUGUCGGAAUGCCCCAGCAGCUGCAAAAGGCUUUCCGCCCUCCGGAGUCAAGCUGCGAGUUCUGUAGCCAUGUUGUGACUGACGCUGUACCCCGGCUGGCCAACGUGGACCCGGAUGAGUUCGAGCGGAAGUUUGCCUACUCCGGUGGCCCAGUUAUUGUGACUGAUGCCACUGCCAAUUGGACAGCGGUCGAGCGCUUCGACUAUUGGUAUUUCAAGGAUGUUUACCAACGGUACGGCCGACGGCGGAAGGCGGCCAGAUGUCAGUUCUUUCCUUACCGCACCGGAUUUCGUAGCAUCUGGGAGGCGUUGAGUUUGGACGAGGCCAGAGUGAAUUAUGCGGCCGGUACGGAACCGUGGUACUUUGGGUGGAGCAACUGCGAUCCGGAAAUUGUGAGAGAGCUUCGGCAACACUAUGGACGGCCUUACUUCCUGCCCAAGGCGUCCGAGAACAAUGCCGUGGAUUGGGUGUUUAUGGGCGGAACUGGUCUGGGAGCUCAUAUGCAUGUCGACAACGUCCGGCUUCCAUCGUGGCAAUCCCAGCUGAAGGGCUCCAAGGAAUGGAUUCUGGCACCUCCGCCGGAAUGCUAUUACAGCUGCAACUUUCUAUCGGUUGUGGUCAAAACGGGAGAAACGAUCGUUCUGGACACCAAUCGAUGGUACCAUAAAACGAACGUCCUCUCCGGAGAACUGAGCAUCACCGUAGGAGCAGAAUACGACUGAGCGAGAAAAGUGACUCACCUCGAGAUGAUCGUUGUUGCCGGUGGAAACUCCACGAUAUCUUCUCUUAUCUCCAGAUCGUUGUAGAAGCUGACCACAUGCGGUUCGUUGUUCCGAAACACACAGGACCCGUUGGCCGACGGAAUGCGGUGGUAAAGCGGAUCGUCGUCCUCUGUUUAAAAGAUUUAGUUUUAUUAAAUUUUGA